UUUGUUUACAAGUUUAGAAGCGGUUUUGUUUAGUUUUAGGCACUUGUCAGUUCAUGAUGAAAUUGCGACUGCAAUUUUUUAUUAUAUCGCUUGAAAUUAAGCAAUGGGAUUAAGAAAAAUUAAAUCAUUUCUUUCGAAGCGUCGAAGCUUUCGUUCUCAAGUAGCAAUACUCAUUGUCGGAGUUGUGAUAUUUUUUUAUUUGUUAAUAGUUUUGUUAAAUUCGCUGGAUGGAAAUGAAGAGGAUGCUAUCAUUUACAAUAUUGUUAAAGGCAUUCCCAAAGAUAGCAAAGAACAUCCAAUAUUAAUUUGGUGGACUCCAUUUACUGGUGAAAAUGGUGCUUAUAAACAAUGUGGGAAUGACAUUUGUUUUUUCACAGAUGAAAAAAAGUAUUUUUCAGAUCCUCUGACAAAGGGUUUUCUUUUUUAUGGAAGUGAUUUUAAACCAACUGAUCUUCCUCUUCCUCGGAAGCCAUAUCACGACUGGGCUUUAUUACAUGAAGAAUCACCAAAGAAUAAUUUCUUGUUUUCUGUGGAAAAGGUGAUGAAAUUGUUCAACCACACUGCAACUUUUCGUAGGGAAUCAGAUCUUCCACUCACCUUGCAGUAUUUAGAAAGUGUGGAGUCUUUAAAGUCAAAGAAAUUUUUUGUGCCUACUUCUGUUAAAAAUGCAAAAGGUAAAGAAUUAGCUCCUGUUGUCUAUGUACAGUCAGACUGCAAUACACCUUCGGAACGGGAUUCCUACGUGGAAGAACUUUCUAAGCAUAUCCCUGUUGAUUCUUAUGGAAAAUGUUUACAUAAUAAGGAGUUGCCACCUGAGCUUUCUGAUGCAAUGAGUGGCAUGAACUCUGAUGCAUUUUGGUUUACUCUUUCUCAAUACAAAUUUAAUUUAGCCUUUGAAAAUGCAGUUUGUAGAGAUUACAUAACAGAAAAACUUUGGCGUCCACUUGUUAUAGGAUCUGUCCCUAUUUAUUAUGGUUCACCUGCUGUAGAGGAUUGGCUUCCAAACCCUGACUCUGCUAUUUUAACUAAGAAUUUUGCAAGUCCGAAACAGCUAGCUGAGCAUUUAUUGAGGCUGCAGACUGAUGAUGAAGCUUAUGAACGGUAUUUAGAGCAUAAGAUUCUAGGCAAAAUUUCCAAUCAAAGACUAAUUGAAGCUCUUUCAAAUAGAGAAUGGGGAAUCAAUAAUGAUCACACUAAAAGAAAUUUCAUUGAGUGCUUUGAAUGUAUGGUUUGCAAAAGAGUGGCACACAACCACAGAAGAGCUCUGAAAGGAAACAUGCCAUUAAAAUAUCAAGCUAAUCUGAAUCAUUAUGGCUGUCCUGAACCUGUCUCACCUUUUACAUUGAAGCCUGACUCUCAAAGCUGGUGGCUUGAACUACAUAAUAAAGCAAAGUAUGAAGCAACCGCAUUACAGAACCUCAUGAGUAGGGGUAUGAAUUUCUCUUCUACUGACUUUUAUCAAGAAGUUAUCAAUUUAUUAGAAAAUAGUGCUCUUCAGGAAGAAUGAAUUUUUAUUUCAGCUACAGCUUUGCUUGCCCUGCUGAGGACGAGUGCCAUUCCUUCCACAUCGCUGAGGUUGACGCGACACUUCCGGUUAAUGACAUUCCCCCUCAGCUCCUCCACCUGGCUUUCUAGCUCUCUGCAGGACAUACGUAUAUAUUUCAGCAUCUACACACAAUUUCUAUAUCAGAGGAUAACCUAAACAGAUUACAAAUGUCGUAAAAAAAUUGUAAGCGUUUACAGCAGUAAAGAAGUUGCACUCCAUUGCAGGUCUGAAAAAUCUGCCACGAUGGAAAACGUUCCUAGUAUUGUAGCCAAGUCUACUUUUAUAUUGAUGUAAACUAGUCAUUUUUCAGUUUAUUUAUUAUUUCUUAUAUCAGAACUAAUGACGCGCAAUGACAUUUUUGCAAUUUUGAAACGUUAUUUUAAAGUGAACGCACAAGUGCGUAGCAUUAUUAAUAAUAUGAAAAUGAUUAAAACGUAAGAACUUGUGUGAUUUAUUAAAAGCUAUUUCCUAAUUCGUUAUUAUUAUUAAAAGCUAUUCGUAAAUAAAGGGAUAAUAAUUUAUAUGGAUUUAGCAUUUAAGGUUUAUCUUCAGUACAUUUCAAAGUACUUCAUUGCUGAUGAAUUUUAGGAAUGUUAAACAGUAAGGGAAAAAAAAAAAAGAUUGUGGAAUUGUAAAUAAUGAAUAAAGAAUAAAGAAAUAGCAUCAGUAUUUUCAGUAUGCAAACUAAUUAGCAGUAGAUUUUUUAAAAUUAAAGAUAGGAAUACUUUAAGUUUCCUAAAAAAUGUUAAGAACUUUUAAGAAAUAUUUUGCGUAAAAAUAAGAGACCUGGUUUAAAUAGAAUCCUUCCGAAACAGUUGACAGUGGUUGCUAAAAGCUCUUCAGUUUAAAAUUAAACGCACUUGAAAACACUUCUGCUUCAUCCGUUAAGAGUGUUAUUUAUAUCUUGGAAAAAUUUGACUGCUACAUUCGAUUGAUAGGAAAACAAUGUUAAUGAAAAUAAUAAUUACUCAAAUGUCAAUAGCAUUACAUUUUUAUUACAUUAACAUUAUAUAGCAUAGCAGCCCGCAUUUACGUGUUACGACAAAAUAAUCAAUAUACACAGGGUAAUAUUACUGUAUUAAUCAACUCUGGUCAUGUUACCAAUAGAUCAAAUAACUAUUCCACUUUUUGUGUGAUUAUUAAGCAUUUUGAUACAAAUAAGAGCAAAUACAGAAGCUAUAUUUCGCAAAAUUUAACUUCUAAACACAUUUUUUCUGCGAGUUUUAUUAUAAAGGUUCAAUAAUCUGGGAAAUGUACAAUUAAAUAAAUCAAUUAGAUUUGUAAAACACGCCAUUAUCAUUUUAAUACGCGUUAUCAUUGGAUUUUAUUGAUCUAAAUCAUUCAUAAAUAAAUGGAGCACUUUUCCCCUGCUUUGCCUUAAAUAAUUCUUCAAUAUAAGGUAUUGGCCAUUUUCAAUUUCACACAGAGUUCUGAGUGCACAGGUUUUAAACAAUUUCUCUCUAGAUUAAAAGUAGCUUUUAAUAUGUGAGAAAAUUUCUUCGCAUACAUAAAUUGAUCAAAGAGGCGAAAGCAGAAAAAACGCAGCUUUCUUCAAACAACAAAUUUCAAAUAUUUGUUUAGGUGCAAAUAACUUUUAAUUUUUCUAAAUUUCCAAGUUUUACUGCUCAUAUCACUAAUCUCUAUUGCUAGCAACUUGCUUUUGAAGGAAUAAAGAAAUAUAUAAUAUUUAAAAAAGAUAUUUAAUUAAAAAUAUAUGCUGCAUUUAAUUAAAAAUUCAAUUUUUAUGAGAUCAUAAUCAUUGCAUUUCAGUUCACUCAGCAUGCCAAUGAAAACCGUUUCGAGUGUCACAUAAGCAUACAUGUUUAUGUGCCAUGCAUGCUUAUGUGGUGAUUGUGACUUGCAUGCUUAUAUAACGGCCCUAAGCUUUCUUGCUCAUCCCUUUAAAACAGCCCUAAUCCAUUCUGUGCAUAUGGAUUCUGUGCAUAUGCAUACGCAUAAACACUAAGUAUGAAAUGAACUGAAUGAGGAAUAUUUUCCCUUACAGGAAAGCACCUGCAAUGGAGUGUUUUACAAUAGAAAUGUGUUUAGGAAAUUUUUCAAAUAUUUUGGGUUCUUACGUUAUUAUAUCGGGCCACUUAUAAUUCGCACGAUUUAGCAAGUAUUGCCAUUGUUAGAGACGUAAGAUGUUUAUCUUUCAUGUAGACUGGGAAGUACCUGCUUUCUAGAAUAUUGCCAUUUGACGAGAUUUAACAUUUUUAUUUGUUUUUCAUAUAAGUGCGUUGUUUAAUAAUUUAAAAAUUCAAAAGCUAUUUAACUUUUUAAUAAUUUAUACUUUUUUAUGUAUAAUUUUAAAAAAUGCAUUUAAUAAAUAAAAUCUAAAACGCAUUAAUUUAUAAUAUAUGCAACUGAUGUUGUUUAUAAUCAUUUGUAGUAGUCUGGUAAUUAAUGAAGAAUAUUUCUAAUGCAACAUAUUACAAGCUGAAGUAUGUAAUCAUUCAGCAUUUAUUUAUAAAGUCUUCAUUAUUUUAAAGCAUCUACCGUUGUCUGGUUUGGCUUUGUAAUGAAUGGAAUAUAUGAUUUUUCACUAUAAGUAAGAAGAUAUAAACCGCCAAACGAUUAAUUAUCUUUACACUUAAAAACUCUGUUUCAAUUUUAUUGACCAGUGAUGUAUGACACAGUAAAGAAUAAUUUUAAAAAUAUAAAAAAA